CCGGAUCGAAUGUGCCCGGAACCAUAACGUCCCAUCGUUACUCACCACGGACGUAUUUUGACGGAGGACAUGUGUCGACACAGCGGUAGCUAAUUCAACGUGAAUGCGAAUAUCAUUCAUAUAUGUAUUAUAAUAACUUAUAAAACAUAUAUGAUGCUUUCAUACAUCCAUGAUUUCAUCCUUGAAAGGAGAUAAAGCCCGCGCUUCUUCAAGAUGGAGUCCCUCACUCCUAACACUGAGGUCCGUCUAAUGGUCUCCCAGUGUUUUCGGACACUCACCACAUCCACAGAUGACAAAGACAUUACUGCUGCUCUUCAAACACUCAACUCAUACUUGGACGAUGGACCGGUGAGCACAACCACUUCAGCUCAGCGGGACGAGUUCAGGAGAGCUCACUACACUCGCACUCUUCACUUCUUGGUCAGUAACGUCCAGGCAGAUUGGCUGCACAGCCUGAGAGCAGCACAGAACACAGAGUUAUGGGACCGCUUGUUCCUCUGUGGCCCUCCAGAGCAGGCUCUGCUUGUGUUAAUGGAGGGAAUAGGAGCGCUAAGACCCAGCGUGAAUCUGGACCACCUAAUCAGCAUCACAGAGAAGUUCCUUCAGAGUGGCCGCCUUGCUGACCUGCUAUGGUCACACUGUUUGGCGACGGCUCCCUCUGACUCCCCCCAGCUCCGCGAGACUCUACUGGGGCGUAUAGUGGCGCUGCCGGACCUCACAGCCAACAGAUUACGUCUCAAGAACAAGCCCCUCUUUCUUCCUCAGCAGUACUAUCGGUUACUUGCCACAGAGAUGCUCACUGCUCUGGAGAGAACCUGUCUGGCCCUCAAGAAUGGCACAGACUGCUCCUCAAUUUUUGUGGCUCAGAUACUCGGAAAAGUGUGCAUCCAUGGACACAGUGAUGUGGUCUUGGCAGUUCUGGCUCCUCAGCUGUCUGCCUGCACGCGCUCAGACAUGGUGUGGCAGAGGGUUUGCUGGAAGAUGCUGGGGAACGUUCCGCAGCGUUGGAUGGAGAGCGUGCUCACUGGACUGGUGCAGGCUGUCAGUGGGCCUGAUGCUCUGGGACGGAUUAUCGGAAAUUUGGUGUUAACAAAUAAGAAGGCCCAGUUUGUCAUCACUCAUAAACUGCUCCUACUACAGUAUAAAUAUAAGACUCAAGUCUUAAGAAUUAUUCUGGGUUACCUGGCAGCAGACAGAGAGCGGAGGCCGCUGCUCAUGCAGGUGCUGCGCUCCGUGUCCCAGGCCUGGGCUAAUCCCAGCGCAGUGAAGCACACGCCUCUGGAGCAACAGCUGUAUGUUAGCAAGGCCUUAUUGUUGAGUGUGAGUCUGCUGAGUGACUCUGAGCUUCAGGGUCUACGCUCAGAGUUGCUUCAGUGUAUGCUCGGUGGCAUGCAGAGUCACCUGGACAGCAACGUGGUGCAAAUAAGGCGUGUGGGCAUGGUUGUGGGAGAGUGCCUGAGUACCCGGAUGAAUAUCAAUGGAACCAAGCUCAAGUUUGAGUAUGAUCACGAUGAGGAAACUCGAGAGCUGCUUGCCGUCAUGACUCCUGCCGACAGCAGUGACGAACCGGAACCUGGGCCUGUGAAGGAAGUUGAUUCUCCUCAAAGGACUCAGAAUAAAUCAUCUCAGUGUAAAGCGGAACCUCAGUCGCCACAAAACGAUCCAGACUCUGAGCUGGAUAGUGACGAUGAGCUGACUCCGUAUGAUAUGUCUGGAGAUGGAGAGAUGAAUCAAGCAUCCCCGCCUUGCUACCUUCGCGACUGUCUGGAAACUCUGAUGUCGUCUGAAGACUCGGUGCGUGUGGAGCUCAGUUUGAAGGUGGCAGAGAGUCUUGUGAGGAAAAACGUCUUUGCGACCAGAGAGAUCAGUGUCCAGCUCACCAAAGUCCUGCUUCACAUGGAGGAUAAAUACAACAUAACAGGCUUCCUGAGUCUCAGACAGGCGACUAUGGUGGCUCUCACUGCCAGUGACUGCGUCCCUGUGACUCAGUAUUUGACGACAGAGUUUUAUUCCCUGAACUACAGUCUUCGCCAGCGGCUGGAUAUGUUGGAGGUCCUUGCUCUGGCAGCUCAGGAACUUUCUAAGCCACUCGCUGAAAGGAGAGAUUCACCCGUGUGCACGGCCGACAGCGCGGAUUUGAUGACUGGUGACAACCCUCUCCACUGGCGAGAAGUGGUGGACAAAAGGAUUCAAAGCAAGACCAAACGCCGCAGUAAGGGCAGCACUCAACCUUCAGCUAAAGCCGCCCCCAACCGCUUCGCACCUGUCGCGGGACACUUCUUUUUUCUGCUGCUCAGGAAUUAUGACAAGCCUCAAAUGACGUUUGACCUGCUGGGCGGUGACCACUUGGUUCUGGGAAGGAUGAUCCACACCCUGGGCCUCUUCAUGCAUUUGGCAGUCAAUGCACCAAUAGCUGCACAGAUGGGUCGUGCGUUGCUUGACUUUGUGUGGGCUGUGCGUUAUCACACUGACCAGAUGGUGAGACGAGGCGUCCUCUUCGCUGUCUGCUCUGUGUUUCUGAGCAUGCCCAGUCAGAACCUGCUGACGGACCUCAGUGAUCAGUUAUUUGAGACCAGAACUUGGCUGGCAGAUGUUGCUGAAGGAGACCCCGAUGCCGACUGCCGCAGUCUGGCCGUGCAGAGUCUGGUGCUGCUCGACAAAAGCCUCAAAAAACAGCUCCAAGAUCCACAAGCACUUGGUCCGGAAUCGUGAUCACAACGUCAAGAAUAAACAAUGAAACACUGUCGUGUCUGUGAUGCUAGUGGAGGUUUACCUUACCCCACAUCUGCACGGGACCUCACAGAGCCGGAGAAGUCGAGUUCGGGGGCCCCGACGGAAAUAAUACUUGCAGGAGGAAGCGCUGAAGGUGUUCUUUAAGCUCAGGGCACAGAUCAUCUGUGUCAUCUAAAAUAUUGAAUCAAUGGAUAAUAGGUUGCUGUUUUAUGCCACAAAUAAAAUGGUACAUAUUGAGGAUA